AUGGUUCCCAGAGUGAAAUCUCAAUCCGGUUUGGUCUGCAUUAGCGACUGCGCUACAUGUCCCAUGAUAUGCUCGUCUCCACCGCCUCUGGAAGUCGUUUCAGAGCCGCCGCCGCCGCCGCUGAUUUCAUAUGGGCAUCCGCCUCCAGCACCACCUCUACCACCGUCAUCGUACAUUUCGUGGGAUGGCGCUACUACUCCGCCUUCUCCUUCGAACUACUUGGGCUCUUCUCCGGCCACAGAAACGCCAGCUGCCGGCGUAGGAUUGGGGAAGAUCAACUAUAGCUAUCCUUACUUCUACUAUUACGCCUCCAAUGGAGUUUCUCUCACUUCUCUGCAACUCCACCGCUCCACUCUUCUUGUUUUCUUGAUAACAAUGCCCAUCUUUUACGUAUUGUCUUAG